GUGUUCACAGAACCAGAGGACACACUUUGGUUAUUGUUUUCUCUCUUUGAAAACCAAAACCCACCUCUCUCAGUAUUCGUCACUCUCCUCAAAACAAACAUAUAGAUAAGGAACGUCACAGAGAGAGAGAGAGAGAGAGAGAGAGAGAGAGAGAGAGAGAGAGAGAGAGAGAUGGGGAGAGCUCCAUGUUGUGACAAAGCCAACGUGAAGAAAGGGCCAUGGUGUCCUGAAGAAGAUGCAAAGCUUAAAGAGUACAUAGAGAAACAUGGAACAGGUGGCAAUUGGAUUGCUCUCCCUCAGAAAGCUGGUCUCAAAAGAUGUGGGAAGAGUUGCAGGCUGAGAUGGUUGAACUAUCUGAGACCAAACAUCAGACAUGGAGAUUUCACUGAAGAAGAAGACAGGAUCAUCUGCAGCCUUUUUGCUAGCAUCGGAAGCAGGUGGUCAGUUAUAGCAGCUCAUUUGCAUGGCAGGACUGAUAAUGACAUCAAGAACUAUUGGAACACCAAGCUCAAGAAGAAGCUCAUUGCCUCCAUGGCUCCUCCUCCUCCUCCCCCAGCAUCAUCGUUAUCAUCAACGUCUUCAUCAUCAUCAUCGGCAUCGCCUCUAUCGUCGUCAUCAACAUCGUCAUCAUCAUCACAUUACAAUAACAUGAUCAGUACUACUCUUUCACAGUACCCAUCAAUAUCAAGCCUCCUAAUAUCCAACUCAACAAGUUAUCUCCCACCUCAUGAGGGCACGAUGAUGAGCAUGAUGAUGAUGAUGACAACAAUGAGCCACCACCAUCAUCAUCAAGACAUGGGCAGUUUCAUAAACUCGCCAUACAACAACAGAAACAUCAAUCAUGUAACGAUGAUGGGCCACCAUGAAAACCGAAGUACAAACAGAGGGAUUAUGAUCUGUGAUGGAAGUGGGUCAAGUACAACAAGUACAAUAACAGGAGCUGAGAACAUGGAUCAUAAUGAUGACAAUCACAAUCAUCAUCAUCAUCAUGAAGAGAGAUCAUUAAGUCCAUUGAUUGAAGAUUAUGGCUUGGAGGAGAUCAAGCAACUGGUAAGCAGCAGUUGUGGUAAUGAAAACAACUUGCUUUUGUUUGAUGACAACAAGACAGAAGAUAUGUUCAUGUUGUACUACUGAUUCUGAUUCUGAUUCUUACUUCACCAAUUUGUUUUCUCCCCUUAUUUUAGCGUAUUGGUCCCCAUAUUCUUU